UUUCAAACACAAAUUUUUUAAUUUACAGUAAAUAAAUAAAAGUUCCAAAAAACACAAAAGCAAAUUGCAAUGGCCGAAUUCUCAGUCGAGCGUGUAGAGGACAAACGCACAGUUAAUGGUCGCACAGAAUAUUACUUAAAGUGGAAGGGGUAUCCUCGCAGUGAAAACACUUGGGAGCCGGUCGAAAAUUUGGAUUGUCCCGAUUUAAUAGCAACGUUCGAGGAAUCCCUAAAAAAUAACAAAAAAGAGACUAAAAAACGCCUAUCCACAUCGUCAACGCCUGAGUCAAUACGAAGUAAGCGAAAAUCAUUCAUGGAGGAAGAAACCGACGAACAAAAAAAGUUGAUUGGAUUUGAUCGUGGCUUGGAGCCUUCAAAAAUUCUUGGUGCAACCGACUCUUCCGGCUAUCUGAUGUUUCUGAUGAAAUGGAAGGGGAGUGAUCACGCCGACCUAGUGCCCGCCAAGCUGGCCAACAUCAAAUGUCCUCAAGUCGUAAUUCAAUUCUACGAAGAACGUCUAACAUGGCACACAGGAAAUGGUAAUGGAAACGGUAACGGCUCGGGUAGCGCAUGUGGCAGCACGCAUAUUGGGGGAAGCGUUGGAACGCCUGGCAGCACCGCGGACGCAAGUCCAAGCGGCAGCAUCAACGAUGAAAAUAUCAAACCUGACGCUGGCACCGAUUUAGGGAAUGGAGACAUCUAGUUGCUUUACCAGAACUUGUUAAGCCAGCAAAAACAACUCCAUGUAAAGCCAACAUGGGUACACACGGACACUAACACACACACAGAAAAACAUGCUCGCUCGCUCCUACAUAUUUACAUACAAAUA